CCCCCCCUCCAUCGGAAGACUAAGGCUUCUGUCCACUUCCCGUGGGAUCCCACUUCCGGGCUUCCCUUCACUUCCGGGGUGGAGGCGGCGGCAGCUUCCGGGAGGGAGCCAUGGAGUCGGUGCUGAGUGAGGUGGUGGCGGUGGAAGACUUGUUGCGGUUCGAGAAGAAGUUCGCAGCAGAGCAGAGCCAGGGCACGGUGUCGCGGGGGACGCAGUUCGAGUAUGCCUGGUGCCUGGUGCGCAGCAAGUACACAGAUGAUAUCCGCAAGGGGACUGUGCUGCUCGAGGAGCUGAUGCCCAAAGGGAGCAAGGAGGAGCAGCGUGAUUACAUCUUCUACUUGGCUGUGGCCAACUACCGCCUGAAGGAGUAUGAGAAGGCGCUGAAGUACAUCCGGGGACUGCUGAAGACAGAGCCACAGAACACGCAGGCGCUGGAGCUGGAGAAGCUCAUCAACAAGGCCAUGCAGAAAGACGGCCUGGUGGGCAUGGCCAUCGUGGGCGGCAUGGCCCUGGGCGUUGCUGGCCUGGCUGGUCUCAUUGGCUUGGCUGUCUCCAAGUCCAAGUAAAGGCCUCUCCUCCCUGCGGACCUUCCUUUCGGCUCUCUCGCUCUGGUGCCUUCAGGGCCGGGCGUAGGGGCUCUUGGGAUGUCCUGGUCCU